CACCACCACAAUUCCACCAACUCAGCCACAGUGGGUCAGAAUGGGGAAUAUUCGCAUUGACUCUCUACCACCAGAUCGUCUCCUUGCUUCGAAAGACUGUCGCCUGUGCACCAAGCGGCGCAUUCGAUGCGACCGCAUCCUCCCUCACUGCCACAAAUGCACCUCGCGCAAGCUCUCUUGUCCCGGUUUCGAUGCAUUUCAGCUAAAAUGGACCCUUGUGGCUACACAGAAAACGGGAAUGACGAGGCUACCACUAAGCACCUCAGAGAACGCUCCCAAUGGCGUGGUGGAAGCGCCGACCGAGGCCGCGGUCGCAGCAGCCCCCAGGCCCUCCAUCGUAGACCGACUGCAAGAGCUGCAGCCCAAAUCGCAUAUCGACUCCGAUUCGCACGAGCAUGUCUGGCGCACACCAUGUCCGACAACGGACUACAAUCUCAUACAGCAAUACUCGUCAACUUCCUUUUGCGACAAGCUGCUGCACUACUCCCACUCUACGGUGAUUCCCCGCCUGACGUGGUUGGAUAGUGUGGAUACUCCAUGGAGAAAAGCCAUUCUUCCGCUGACUUCCCGCUCGGUCUCUCUCCGAUUGUCCCUGCUCAGUCUAGCCGCCGCUCAUCUGUCAGUCACAUCUGCUCCAGGCAGUGCACAGGCAAUCGUCGCGCAAAGGGCCUACCCCGCUCUCAGAAAUGGCACCCUUCGAACCCUUAACCACGCAAUCAGCCGUGCAUUCAGCCAACGCCACCAUAGUCAUCAGAGCGCUGCUGACCAAUACUGUGACCUUGGUAGGCACCAGUGGCCAAUCUGAGAAUGAUGACCCAAUUGAAUGGACGGGUUAAGCUCGUUUUACAUCAGAUGCCCGCGCCUAUAAUGUGUCAGGCUCUUCUUUGCUGAUACAUGAUGCAACAACGGUAGAGAUGUAUUUCGAUGUAGAAUCGAACUUUAGAUACUCAGCCAUUACCGAACGUGAGAAAGAGAUGCACCGGAAAAUAGACAGUGCAUACAACCUUGGCUAUGACGCUGUGAGGAAUGCGGCCGUUGCUGACACCGAAUCC